CGCGGCGGCACUGGCCGGCGGCGGAGGGGGCGGGCCGGGCCGGGCGCCAUGGCGGUGGACAUCACCCUGCUGUUCAAGGCCAGCGUGAAGACGGUGAAGACCCGCAACAAGGCGCUGGGGGUGGCGGCGGGGGACAGCGCCAGGGAUGAGCUGCUCAAGCGGAGCGCCGCCCGCUCCAAGAGCGACUUCACCAGCCGGGCCCGGGAGGUGAUUUCCCAUAUUGGAAAGCUGAAAGAUUUUCUUCUUCAACACAGAAAGGAUUACAUUAAUGCUUACAGCCAUAUUAUGUCUGAGUAUGUGAGGAUGACAGAUACAGAGCGGGAUCAGAUAGAUCAAGAUGCUCAGAUCUUCAUGAGGACGUGUGCCGAUGCCAUCCAUCAGCUGAGAACAGAAGCACACAAGGGUGUCCAGUCUUCUCAGGUAAAGGAGCACAGAACAGCUGUCUUGGACUUCAUUGAAGAUUACUUAAAAAGAGUGUGUAAGUUGUAUUCCGAGCAAAGAGCCAUCCGAGUUAAGCGAGUGAUAGAUAAGAAGAGACUGUCCAGACUCGAACCUGAGCAGAGCAAUGUGUCCAAAUCACCUCUUUCCCCUGAGAAAUCUUCACAGAAUCCUUUAGAUGAUCCUGAAGAAAAGCUUUCUGCGGAGGAAAGCAAAGACAGGAAUCUGCCUGAUGCCCAAAGUAACCUGGGAUUGUGGGGGGACGGUAAAGGUGAAGAUGAGCUGUCACCUGAAGAAAUACAAAUGUUUGAACAGGAGAACCAGAGGCUUGUUGGUGAAAUGAAUAAUCUCUUUGAUGAAGUCAGACAAAUUGAAGGAAAAGUGGUGGAAAUCUCCAGACUACAAGAGAUAUUCACUGAAAAAGUCCUGCAACAGGAAACUGAUAUUGACAAUAUCCAUCAAUUAGUUGUGGGUGCAACAGAGAAUAUCAAAGAAGGCAAUGAAGACAUAAGAGAGGCCAUCAAAAACAAUGCUGGAUUUAGAGUAUGGAUCCUGUUCUUCCUUGUGAUGUGUUCAUUUUCCUUGCUUUUUCUGGACUGGUAUGAUAAUUAAUUAAAAAUAUAAUGUUGUCUACACGCUUUCUUUGUAAAACUUCUGACAUUUUUUUUUCUAUGGAGCAGGGUAUAUGACAUACCUAUAUAUUUCAUGCAUUUUUUUCAUACUGCUGUGAUGGAAAUAUUUUCCAAUAAACAAGUAUGUGUAUAUACGCAUGAGCGCAGAGGCAGAUGUCAGCAUUGAUUUUAAAUCCCUUUAUCAAACACAAAACCACGCUUAAUCCUGCAAAGAACACAGAAACCUUUGGAAGAGCAGGUAAGAAAGGCCCAAGCUGGAGCACAGUGUCAGAAAAACCCAAGAGGAAUGAAGGUUUUCUGAGUCACCCACACACCUGUGGUAGUUAAGUCCAGAUCAAGAGGAAACUGCGACUAUGCAGAAGCAUCUACACUGUCUCAGGCUUUUAUUUAAUCAAACCACUUCAGUACACGGUGAUCACUUUGCACAUGUAUGAGCUCUACUUCUAAUCUUUAAUUCGAGUCAGAUCAGGUUGCUUUAACAGUAGUAAUGAUGAUUAUGAUAAAAAGUCAACUGAAGAGCUUUACUUCUAGGUGAAAAGAGAAUUGUGCAUUGAAACGGGUGUUCUGGGAUAUCAGAACAAAACCAAAGGAUAGAAAAUAUUAAAGCCAAACUCUUAAACGUACUAAAAUUAGGAGCAAUUUGUUAACUAAAAAGAAAAAAGUCUCAAAACCAACUAUAAGUAAGAAUCAAUAAACUUCCUUCUGUUAAAUCAGAGGAAAAAAUGGUUUUGACUUCAAGAGCAUAAGCAAUCUCUUUCUCCUAGGUUGUAAAGCUUUGUAUUUUUUAAUGCUUGUUGUUAUGAGACAGAGAAAUAAGUUGUUUCUCAUCAGUAUUUACUUGUGCAUUAAAGUUGUUAUUGUCCUAAAUUUAAGGGCAGGAGAUGUAUCAUGAGUCAUUACGAUGUAGGACAGUCUUGGGAACAGAUCUUUCCAUCUUGUAAAAUCUGAAUGUCCUCUGUAAAUGUGUUGGUAUGAAAUGUGUGGUUUGCUACCUCUCUUCUGAAAUAUGUAUUUCUAUACAUUAUACGCAACAAGCAGCAUCAUCCUUAGUCAUCACUGUGCACAGAGUGAAGAUGUCAAAAGUUACAUGUGAAUUAAUUACUCAAUAAAGCAUCUGCCCAUCAGAAAACGCAAACAUGGUGUGUGUUGAGUAUCUUAACGUAAGCUUGAUGUUUAAAAAUUUAAAGAAAAUUUGGCACGUAAUUUAUUGCUUUUUAUGCAUUCCACAUACCAUAAUGACUUAAGAAAAGCCUUUUACAGGUACUACUGUGUAGUGCAUAUUUUGUAUCAAACCUAGAGACUUAAGGAUGGUUAUUUUUACUGUAUCCUUGAUAAAGCAACUCUACUAGACAAGAAAAUAAAAGUAGAGCUGACCAUGUUUGUUCUACGAUAGAUCUUGAGAAACAGCCCCUACGGCUGUUCUCCCUUCAUUUUUCUGGUAGCGACUGUACAAAAAAAUGGCACUUUUGACAUGUCCACUCCACUUUGCCCCACUCAAGUUCCAUGAAGAAAAAAGGUGACUUGCUUGCCCAGAUGCUUCACACACUUAUUUUGUCUAACUGUUAAAUUAAUAAGAUGUCUGUUUUGUAAUAUAUUUAAGAUUUAUAAUAAAAAUGAAAACAUGGUUUCACACAUA